AUGGAACCUCAACUAAAUAUUCAAGGAAGGGCAUUUAAAUUAGAACAACAGCUUUCCAACGAAGAAUUUGUAGCCCAAGACAAAAAUUCAGGCCUGAGAUACUUGCUAAAAUAUAUUAAAUCCCCAAGCCCUCAAAGAAUCAAGCUUCUCAAGAAUGAAAUUCGAAUCCUCCGAGAACUAAAUCCCCACCCAAAUAUCAUUACUUUGCACUCUGCAAAGGAAUCUGAAGGCUCCUAUUUAUUUCUGUAUGAGCAUUGUGAGGGCGGCUCCUUGCAAAACAAAACAGUGCAAGAUCCUUUAAAAGCAUUAUAUCAAAUUUCCUUACUUUGCCCUUCUGUGAUGUGAGAUUGAAGUGAUUUUUGCCCAAUGAAGAUUAAUUUUUUUGAAAUUUCUUUUAUUUAUUUUAUAAAAUUAAUGGCUUAGAAUGCAAUUUUAUUUAAAAUUCAAUAGAAUUACUAGAAAUUUCAUUAUAGGAAUUAUUACAUAUCAAUAUUUCUGCUCACUUACUGGGCUUUUCAUAAAAGUAAGAUUUUUCCAAUGGUUUUUCUCAAUAAGAAGCUGAAGGUAGCGCUCCAACAUAUGCACCAAAGAAGCAUCCCAAUAAUCCACAGAAAUAUAACACCUUAUAAUAUUUUAUGCCAAGGUGAUGAGUAUAAGGUAACUGGGAUGGAAUCUGCGUCAGAGCAAUAUACAAGUUUGACUGAUUUAGAUUUAUUUAAUAGGGACACUGAGCUACUACAAAUCAGUGAUCUCAAAUGAAGAGCGCCAGAGCUGAUAGACCCUAACCCUCAUUAUAUUAUUGAUAAUAAAACGGAUAUAUGAGGACUGGGGAUGGUGUUUUAUUACAUCCUAUUUGGAAUUUCUCCAUUUCCUGACCUGAAAUCACAACAAGAAGGGGUGUGAACAACACCUCGAGAAGUCAGCUGAAAGAUAAGAGAACUGCUGCAAGUGAUGCUGAACCCAAAUCCAUUGAAAAGAGCUGAUAUUUAUUCUGUUUUAACUAAGCUAGACGAGCAUAAUCCUAACCAAGACUCUCACUCCUGCGCAACAUCUUGUUUUCCUAAAAUUUCUCCAUUUUCGAGACUAAAAUCAAAAAAAUCCACCCAAGGCCUAAUACAAAAUGGGACAUAAAACAUUUUAUAGUAAAUUACAGGACUUUUUUUUCAUAAAAAUAUUUUUCAUGCGAAUUUUGAAAUAUUCCUAAUCCUUUUAUAGGGAAAAAACUCUCAAGUUAUUUUAUAUGUCUACAAAAUGCAUGCUCAAAUAAUUCUUUACCACUAAAAGAAAUUUUUUCAAAAAAACUAGUUGCAAAAGUCUGGGCAAAGCCAAAAAAAAUUAAUAAAUUUUAUGCAGAAAUGCUAAGGCUUCAAGGACUGGAUAACCCUCAAGUAAGGCUAAAAGCAUUAACAUUGCUUUUAAUUUACUUACAAGAAGGGCCUUUAUAUGUGUAUCAAAACACUCCUGGCGCUGUAGAAGUUUUGCAUUAUAUAGAGUCUUAUUGCUCUGUAAGACCAGGACAUCCACUUAAAUCAGAUUUUUUUAGAAGGGUUACAAAUUCAUUUGCGGCAGCCAUAAAGCAAAAAUAUUACGUCACCAAGUCUAAUAUUGGCAGCUUUAACGGGCGAUUUGUAAUUAACCAUGAAAACGGACAAUUUAAUUGCCAAGUCGACAUGCUGCUUAUUGAUGACUUGCUAUUUUAUUGGCAAUCCUUAAUAAAAAUCCACGAAAUGCUUGCGACUGGUUCACAUCUUGAAGCAAUAUGCAAAUCAAUCAGAAUUUUGCUUAUAAAUGAGCAGCAAAGACUAUUAGAAAUAAUAAGCCCCUGCAUAAAGAAAUUAUCAUUAUCUUCUCAAAACAAUGAUUUAUCAAGAGAGUUCAAUAAAGCCUACUUUAAAGCUAAAACUUUAUUUGAAAUAGACAACACUGAGAUCCCUUUAAACCCUAUCCCAACCUCAGAAAUCCCUGAAAUCCUAAUAGACGACCCUAUAUAUGAGUCUUCCAAAAACAAUAACAAUGUCCCAAUAGGCGAGAUCCACCGGCAGUCUCAAAAUUCUCCAUCCUCAAGCUCCUCCAGCUCUGAAUCUUCAGACGACGAUUUUCAGCUAGACCAGCAGCCUUUACCUCGGUUUUCUUCAGUCCAGCUGCAGCCCGCUAUAAUAGAAACCCAUUAUUCUACUGCCAGAUGUGAACAUUUAACAACAGUCCAUGACUAUGAUUUAAUUGAUUUAUCCCAAGACCGCAUAGAAAAAUUCACCAAUCACCUUAAUGAGCAAUACAAUUCUUGAAUAAUUGACAUAAAAAAUGUCAGAUGUAUGCGACAAAUAGGCAACGGCAGCAGCAGUGAGGUCUGGCUUGGCCUUUAUCAGAAAACCUUUGUGGCUGUAAAGAAGCUAAAACAUACAGAAAAACAAAGCAUAAAAGAAUUCGGAAGAGAAGUCAGCUUGCUAAUAAAGCUUAGACACCCAAAUUUAGUACUGUUUAUGGGAGCUUAUAUAGGAGAAGACCAGCUUUGUGUGCUGACUGAGUAUUGUCAGGGUGGGGAUUUAUUUCAGCUUCUCCAUAAGCGGAAAGAUAUUUUUAUUUCGUGGGAGCAGAAGCUUAAGAUAUGCCAUGAUGUCGCGGUUGGGAUGAAUUAUUUGCAUUCCAAUAAUUUCUAAAGAUUUUUAAUAUAAAAAAUAUAGGAAUUCUCAUAAGAAAUAAUUUAAAUUUAUUAUAAAUUAAUAUACACAGAGACUUAAAAUCGCUUAACUUGCUAUUGGCAUCUCCAUUAUUACGCCCUACUGAUUCUGUGACUGUAAAAAUCAGUGACUUUGGGCUAUCCAAAGAAUUCAAGUUUAACGGAUUUAUGACAGGGCAGCUAGGAACUUGUCAUUGGAUGGCUCCAGAAGUGCUAAGUUCUUCAGAUUAUUCGUUAAAAGCUGACAUAUAUUCAUAUGCGAUUGUGAUGUAUGAGAUCAUUACAAGAGAAAUUCCUUAUAAAGGACUAUCUCAUGAUACCAUAAAAGAAAAAGUCCUAGGGCAGCAUCAAAGACCUGACAUGUCAUUAAUACCACCAAGCUGCCCGAAAGCUCUGGAAAAACUAAUGGCAAUGUGCUGGAGAUCUGACCCUAAUAAAAGACCUCAUUUUUCAGUCAUCGUGGAUAUGCUGAACUCAAUAGAACUGCCUAAAUCUCAAUAA